AAAAAAAUACAAGCGUCAGUAAAUCGCCACUCAUUGUUUACAUUGUUUCUGUUAUUGUUUGUCCACGAACAUGGGCACUUCCUGUUGGACAAAGCCGUUUUAUCCUGAUUAACUCCAUCCCCGGCAUCUAAUUCCCUCCUGAGCUCUUUAUUUUCUAAUGUGCAGCCAAUUACCAGACAUCCUUCUCUAUACCUGUGGCAUUUCAUGUCUGCUCAUCUGCCGUCUCUCUUUGAUCUGUAAGACGUUGUUACUGGAUGUGGAAACAUGUAGUGUGGCAACACCGUGCUAUGAGCGAGCAGGAAUGAAGAACGCCUGAAUGUUAACAGAGAAUAGGGAAUUCUGUUCACGGAAUUAUCUCAUGAGGCAAAAGUGCAGCUUCUUUGUAUGGAGGUUUCUGGGGAACCCAUGGGACCCAACAGGACAUGUUUUUACAUCGAUGCCAGUAACAAACGAGGGCUGGCCGGAGACAUUUGGCUUUGGUAUGGGUGGCACAGGGCCUUGUUAUAUACUAUGGGUAGAGGCUGGAAGCAGCGCUCAUACAGCUGGUCUUCAGCCUGGGGAUCAGAUCCUGGAGGUGGAAGGAAUGCCUGUUUCUUCUUUGAGCUGUGAUUCUUUGACACGACUAGGCCAGGAAUGCCACAACGUGCCCCCAAGUAUUGGUGUUAUUUCACGUGUCCAACAGGUGGAACUGACAAGAGGGAACCAAGAGGAGCUUGGCCUCACAAUAACCAAUGGAAGACCUCUUCAAGUGAACAGCGUUAAUUCUGGUUCUCUAGCAUUCAAUGCUGGGGUUCGAACUGGGGACUUCCUUAUGGAGGUUAACGGGAUUCCUGUAACUGACCUAUCAGAGGCGACCCAACUGCUGACCUCAUGUGACUGGGAUACACUACGUUUGGGCCUGCUGUGUGUGGGUCGGAGGCAGAGGCACAGUAGGGCAUUUAGUGCAAGCGGAAAAGGAACAGAAAGCAGUUGCCAAGCACAUAGACUCAAAGCACAAGAAUUUAACAGGAAGCUUGAUGAGGUCCUUGGAGAUCAGUCGGCCUUGAAGGAGAAGGUGUUCUCGCUACUGAGGCAAUAUGCACAGGGCAGGAAGGUAGAUACAUUGGCAUAUUCUCUUUCCACGAUCCUCACUCAGGAGUCCCACCAUCUUCUGAUUGACAACAUCAGGAUCUUUAUCCCGAAGAAACACCGACAGCGAUUCGAUCAUGUGGUGUCUCAGAGUCUUAUCAGUAAGAUUUGCCGUUCCCGGAGAGACCGCAGUAACCGCCUACGGAGGAGCCGGAGCGAGGAUCACCAUGAGAGGCUGCUGGUCUCUACUCGGGCCGCUCCAAUACCACAAAGUCAGGACGAAGGAGGACGGGGACUGAGGAAGAGUACAUCACUGAUUGCCAGUAGUGUAGGCACAGGGCAACCACAUAGGACGGUACGGGUAUGUAAAGGCAGCAGCAGCUUUGGCUUCACGUUACGUGGAAAUGCUCCAGUGUGGAUUGAAUCCGUUAUCCCAGGUAGCCCUGCAGAUGCGGCUGGACUUCAAGCUGGAGAUAGAAUUCUGUUCCUGAAUGGUCUGGACAUGAGAAACUGUUGCCAUGAGAAGGUGGUGUGUAUGCUGCAGGGCAGUGGCGCUAUGCCCACCCUGGUGGUGGAAGAGGGAAGUGUAACCUACUGCGCAGAAACGGAUUCAGAAGUACCAGUCCCAAAUUCUGCUCUCACCUCCCUCCAGUGGGUGGCGGAAAUUCUCCCCUCCAAUAUCCGCAUCCAAGGUCGGACAUUCAGCCAGCAGUUGGAACAUUUGCUCACCCCAACAGAGCGAUACACUGUGUGCAAAGCAUUAGAAAGCUUCUUUCAGCACAGGACCAUUGACACACUGAUAGUGGAUAUAUACCCAGUCCUGGAUACUCCUGCGAAGCAGAUAAUCUGGCAAUUCAUCUUCCAGUUGCUGACAUACGAGGAGCAGGAACUUUGCCAGCAGAAGAUUUCACGCUUCCUGGGGUACAAGGCAGCUGCCGUAGAAGCUGAGAUGGUGACACCACCACGAGGGUCGGUCCAUGGACUAUCAUCCUAUCAGAGCAUUGUUCAUUCCUCAGGCACUGAUGAUGGGAGAUCAAGCGACUCUAGUUCGGGAGCACCGUGUGAACCUGUGGAAAUUGCACCACGUGUGACCUCAGGAGAGAGACAAGCUGGAGAUGGAACAUCAUUGCCAGAGACCCCCAAUCCAAAAAUGAUGUCUGCUGUUUACGCUGAAUUAGAAAACCGUUUUCUCAACAACUAUCAAGGCAAAGUGAGCAGCAUGAAGUCUCGUAGCUCUUGCAAUCUCUCACAAAGGACAGGCAGGGGACAGCGUAGAUUGGGACAGGGUCCCCGCUGGCAGAGCACUGGACCACCCUCAGACCCAUGCCCACCACGACCACCCAGUGCUCCAUCUCCUAGCAGCUCUGAUUCCAACCCUUACGUGAGCCUUGAUGGAAGCUUGCCCUCGUCCCCAUCCCACAGAAAGAUCUUUACUUUCUCACGGCCCUGCCGCUCAAGAGACACAGACCGAUUCCUGGACGUGCUCAGCCAGCAGCUGGGGCAGAAUUUAACCUUUACUGAUCAGUUCAUGAACCCUGAAAACGACUAUGAAGAGAUGAGUUUCCAGGAUGACCAGUACAGCUGUACCACCCGAGAUAUCAGCACUGCCAGUGAGUCUGCAAGCAGCAGCGAAGAUGGAAGCUCCCUCACUUACUCCUCUGUGUCUGACCUCGUCCCUCCUCCUCCACAAAGCCCACCACCGCCUCCACCUCCUCAUCCCCAGCCUCAGCCCUCCAGAGGGCCCACCAAACCUCCCCCAGAGGAACCCAAGACAGCCCCUAACUCAUAUUUACGUGUUAAAGGAAGUAAUGCAAACCCAUCACCCCCUGCCCCUCCACCUUUACCCAGUCCACUUAUUCCACCUGCACCUCCUUUAGCACCCCUGACACAUCGCAACAUGCAUAGGAGAAGUGACUGCAGUCAUAUGAGUGUGAAAAGACUGCGCUGGGAACAGGUGGAAAACUCAGAAGGGACCAUAUGGGGACAGCUUGGGGAAGAUUCUGAUUAUGAGAAACUGAGCGACAUGGUGAAGUACCUGGAUUUAGAGCUUCACUUUGGCACCCAGAAACCAUCACUCCUGCCUGUACUGCCAGAAUCCAUGAAAAACAAAGGCGCUGUUCAAAUUCUGUCUCACAAGAAAGCCUACAACACAGCUAUCCUAAUUGCACACUUGAAAUUAACCCCCUUGGAGCUACGGCACAUCCUGAUGGUCAUGGAGAAUGAACGCUUGGAGCCGUCACACAUAAAGCAGCUGCUGCUGUUCGCACCUGAUGAAGAAGAGCGGCAGCGUUUUGAGGCCUACACGGGCAACCCCAGCAAGCUCAGUGAGCCGGAUCAGUUUGCACUGCAGAUGAUGUCUGUCCCAGAGUACAAGAUGCGCCUACGAAGCCUACUCUUCAAGAGCACCCUUCAGGAGAAGACCGAGGAGAUCAGAGCCAGCUGCGACUGCAUCCUAAAAGCCUCUUCAGAGCUCAAGAACAGCAAGAAACUGGCCAAGAUUCUGGAGUUUGUUUUAGCCAUGGGAAAUUAUCUGAAUGAUGGACAGCCCAAAACCAACAGGACGACUGGAUUCAAGAUCAAUUUUCUCACAGAGCUAAAUACCACAAAGACUGUAGAUGGAAAAUUCACCUUCCUGCAUAUUCUCGCCAAAUCCCUCAGCCAGCAUUUCCCCGAGCUGCUGAGCUUUGCCAAGGAUCUCCCUACUGUGCCUCUCGCUGCCAAAGUUAAUCAGAGGUCUGUUACGGCUGAUCUUAGUGACCUCCACGUGACUAUUCAGGAGAUUAAAAGCGCCUGCAGUCAGAUGCCCAGCUCUCCAGACGACAUGUUCUCUCUUAUUAUGAGUACCUUUCUUGAGAACUCCUUCCCUUGUAUGCAAACUCUGGACACACUGCAGCACAGGUCAUUAGAAGAUUUCUUUAAAGUGUGCUUGUACUUUGGAGAAGACCCUAAGAGCACCACCACAGAAGCUUUCUUUGGAAUCUUUGCAGAGUUCUCCAGAAAAUUUGAGAAAGCCUUCCAUGACCUUCAGGCUAGUGAGUCUCAGCUGACCCCAGGGAAUCAUUGCACACCGAUGUGGUAACAACGCUGCCUCUCCUGGCUGAAAAUUAUCCUUACACACUGCUGUCCCAGUCAAUCAACAGCUGCCCCAUACAAACUGACUGACAGUGGUACUGGGUAAAGCAAAGCCCUGCAGAAAGUAGGGGAGAAGAAUCUGUUAUAGAUGGAAAUGAGACAUUCCAAACCCAGUAACUGGCAAAGGUUCUGUAACUCCCUCAGAGAUACUCGCCAUCCAUGUUAUGUAAAAAGUCCUUGUUAAUCUCCAAGGAACUGGGUUGGAAAUGGAAAGCAAGACAAGAGCCUCAUAAGCCAUUGUAUAGAUCUGUGCUGUACAAGAUUACAUAUGGGCUAGUUAUUGCUCUUUAGCAUGUUUAGGAGAGAAUAUUAUAAAGCAAUGUUGUCAUCUAUGGAGAUCUUUGCCAUGCUGUGGGCCAUAUAAAUCUCUUGGAGGCUAUACCUCCAGUUGGACAACCCUGGUGUAGAUGGAAGAGAAGACCAUCUUAGUCCAAUGAUGAAAAGUGGGAAUCGGUCAAGUCAUCUGUUCAUCUUAACAUAUCAUUGGGUAGACAGGCUGUGCUGAAUUCCAUUUAACUCUGCUCUAGACCCGCUACUAUGUUUGCACAGCCGCCAUACAGCUUUUAGUUGGCAGAUGUGGCAGUAGACUGUACAUGAUAGCACUACGCAGCCAUUGUUAAUGUGAUCAGGAGGAAAUAUAUUCAGAUGGGAUUUUACACUGGAAACAAAUAUUUAUUGAUUUUAUUUAUUUUGCAGAUGUAAACUACUGCAAUAAAGAUAUGAGUAUUUAAUACUA